AUGUCACCUAUUGGCCCCGGACUCGGGACCAGUCCCUUCGAUCGCAAAUUUUUCGGCGCCUUUCAGCCCGCCCCGGGCCCGAAAAACGAGACCGGUGACGGAAAUUGCCCGGGGGAUGUCACCCUAUAUGGGCCCCGCGACUCAGGACCAGUGCGCGAUGGAAUUUACAAGGCGCCCCUUUUCAUCCGCGCCCCACCGGGAAAAAACGCAAACCGUGACGGGGGACGGAUUACGCAAUAUGUCCCCCUAUUAGACGGACCAGGACGUGGUUCGAUCAGCGAAACAGGCGCCCCGCCUUCAGCCCCAACCGGGCCCACCGAAAAAACGCAGAGACCGGGAGGGGAGGAGAUUGAAAGGAUGUCAGCAAUAUGUAGCGCCCCCGAAUGCGUUGAUCGGUUUUACAGAGGGGCCCCCCUUUUCCCGCGCACCCCCCAAAAACGAAAGCCCGGUGACGGGGGACGGAUUGACGCGAAUGGAUGUCCCCCUUUUAGGCCGAGCCAGGACCAGUGCGUUGACAGCAAAUUUUUAAGACGCGCCGCCUUCAGCCCCCAACCACCCCGAAAAACGCAGAGCCGGUGA